AUGUACGUAUGGGAGAGAGCCAGUCGGCCAUCGCAUUUUUGUGGAGAAAGCGGGAACAGUGCCAAUUCGUUUCGAAACUGUCCUUCUGUUGACAAGGAUAUUUUGGAUAUCUUUUGCUGCCCUUUCCUAUCCUUUCCUAUCUAUAUACUAACUAAGGAACCAGACAUUGAUGAUGAACCAACCAUGCAGCAGAGAGCUGACGUUGAGCGUCUUAUUCGAGAAGACAUGAUAAUCCAUGCUGGUAAUGGGUUACAUCCGCACACCCACUCGGGCGAUCUCAACAGUAUCAACAGCAACAACACUAACCCUGGCCAAAAUAAUACUAUACAUCCAUUGGUAGAACAGAUCCUACCCUUAUCGGCAUCUGGGUUCCAUCACAGCGAUAAUUUCGCCUCAUCUCCCUCUCCAAUGUUACUCCAUGAGAUAGAAAGGUACGAAGAAGAAAACGGGAGUACUGACUUCCAUGCAGGAACUUCGCCUUAUGGAACCCUCUUGACUGGAGGAAUUGACAUGACCAGGUAUUCGGAAUUUACCAAUGAAGAUGAAGAAGGAGCCGAGGUAGAUAGUAUCAAUUAUCAUAGACUUUAUACUACCCUUUCAUACUCAGCAUUACAAAAUCGAAAUCUAGACAUUUCCAGUUCCGCAUCGGUUACUGAUGACUUGGUUACUAUCCAGCAAAACCAUUUGAGAUAUGCACAAAAAAUAGAAAAUGGGUUGAAGACUGAAGUAAACAAGAAACGAGAGAGAAUUGAUGAAAUUAAUAGAGAACGCAAGAGAAGACAAGUAGAGGAUUUUAAACCGGUAAACGACUACUUGCAGGAAAGAUGGAAGGAUGGUAUUAAGAAUGUAGUGGAAUUAGGUAUCGAAACAGGUAAACAAGCAUAA